AUGCAUGGUUCAACCAUGAUCAGCUUUCUUUGUGCGAUGCAUAUUGCACUCAACCUUCUAAAUGAUUUGUACGCUGACGGCUCUAUAACUGUGACUCGAUUCGACAGAUGUAUUUGGAAGCGCCAACGUACAAAAGUGCUGGUGGAUCCAUUACCUCUUUACAAGAAGCCCACUAUGAAACUCACUAUCAUUGCCCUUAUUUGUUCUUUCUUGGCUGUUGCUGUCCAAGGCACUACGGUCAAGUUAUAUACAAGCAAGAACUACAAAAACAAGUGUGGUGAAGUCAGCGCUGGUUGGGUCUACGGGCAUGAAUACCAUAAUGUCCCUGCUAAAUGUAAAAACAAAGUUCAAAGCUUCCAAAUCGAUUUAAGCGCCAUUGAUUCUGGUGUUCGUUUAUGGUCCAAGGUAAAGCCUUCCGGUGAAGUUAUGUGUGGCGGUUCUGAAGCUGGUUACACUACUGAAGAUUGGUCAAGACCUAGUAUCUCUCCUACCUGGAAUAAGAAGAUCAAUUGUAUUGAAUUUAUCGGUUAA